AUGGCCCCCCACCCCGAGGGGCUGCGCUGGUACCAGAUCCCCCUCUCCUCCGCCCGCAUACCCCGCUCGGGGCUCUUCAGCUAUGGCUUCCAGGCCAGCCUCCAGCGCUACCAGCAGCUCCGUGCCCUCAAGAACCUCCGGGUGGGCCGCCCCAUCGCCCCGCCGCCCCCCGGCCUGUUGGGAGCCCUGGCCCCCAGGCCCCCCACCCGCCAACAGCCCUCCCCGGGUCUCCCACCGCCCACGGGGCGCCGGCAGGGCACGAGCUCCCCAGCGCCCCAAGAAGUCUCCUGGCACCAGGAAACGGACAGCGAGGACGAUGACCUGAUCCCACUGAAGGAUAUGCUGCUAGCAGGGGACGAGCCCCUGAGCUCUGCGGACCACCAGCGGGUUGUGUGCCCACAGCCGGAUCCGCUUGCCAACAGCCUGGAUUCACUGAUCCGGGAGAAGAGGGAGCAGAGCCAGGCAGCCAUGCUGCAGGCCGGCCUGGCCGGGGUGCACGUGGAUGACGCCAGUGCCUCCGAGUCCCCAGACGAGGACACCCAGCUGCCCGAGGAGUACAGGGAUCUCCUGGCCCACUUCACCACGAAACCCAGAUUCAUCCCCGCCGUCCACCCCGGGGAGCCCGUCUUCUGCGCCCACCCGGCACCGGCACCCACCCUGGACACCCAGGGGCUGCAGCCUCAGAGCGUGUUGGAGGGGUUCUUCCUGUGCAACUCGCCUGCCUGCCAGGCAGCUUUUGUCCGCAACGGGGGCCUCAGCCUGCUCUACCGCUGCGCGCCCACCUGCCCGCUGCCUGUCCUGCGCUGGCUCUUCCAGCUGAUGACCCUCUGCCCGGACAUGACCAACGCUUCCCAGGCGCUGUGGGAGAUCUGGCUGAGCACCGGGGGCGAGCCCUGGUGCCCCACGGUGCAGGAGAUCGGUUGGGCUUUCACCCGUCUUGGCGCUGACCUGAGUCCCCUGUACCGCCAGCGCCUGCUGCCCCCCGAGCUGUGCCCCACGGAGAGGAGGAACCUGGAUCCAUCCUGCUCCCCGAGACAGGCGAGCCCCGAUGCCACCAGCACGCUGGCCCUGGUGACGCAGCUCGGUGACAUCUGCAAGUUCUUGGCGCUGUGCGUGGUCACCCAGCCGUGCCGCUACGCCGACAGCGCCCGCCUGGCUCUCAUCACCCUCCUCUCCUUCCUCGGCCUCGACCGGGCGCUGCGCUGCCAGCCCCUGCCCGAACUGCAGCACCUCCUGCACUGCCUGCUGGAGGGCAUCCGGGACUGGCAGGAGCAGCUGCCUGCCCUCUGCCUGUCCCUCUGCCAGCUUUCUCGGCACCACCACAACCUGGUUGCCCUCCUGCGGCUGCUGCCGGACCUCACGAGCAGGGGCAGGGAGCUUCGCCGGCACCUGAGCCUUCAUGCCAUGGCCCGGCUGCUGAGGGAGCCGCCGGGCACCGUGCCGCCCCCCGAGGCGCACGCAGAGCUGCAGGCGCUGGGCCGGUUCCUGGUGCUGGCGCAGCCGGAUACCCUGCGACGUCUGGUGCUCGCCGGGGGCCUGGAGGAGCCGGAGGACGCUGACCAGGAGGCUUGCUACCUGAGCUACAGCCUCCUCCUCCUCGCCAGCAACGUGGUGGGCUCCGAGCACCCGCCGGCCGAGCAGCGGGGUCACCUGGAGCAGCUCUGCGCCCAGCUGGACCGGCAUUUUGGGAGGGGGCUGCGCGAGGGCAGCGGGCUCCUCUUCCGAACCCAGCUCAAGGGCCUGGCCGCCCUCCUCUACGUCAAGUGGCAGGAGAUGCUGGCCUAGGGCUGGGGGGUCCCGGGGUCCCCCGGGGCACCCCCCUACCCAAUAAACGCCCCCCAGCUCCUC